ACAAAAUGGAAUGGUUCAACAACUUCAAACUAUAGUACAAAAUGUUCAACAACAAAUGCAAGAAAUGAGGCAACAAAAUCAACUAGAAAUGCAAGAAAUGAGAUCUAUGUUUUUACAAAGUAUGAGACAACAAAAUCAUCCAGAACAGAUUGCUAGUGGUGGCAUUUGUAGCGGUAUUGGGAAUGAAUUUGGUAGCAAUAGCGAUAUCAAUAUUGGUGCUAAAAAAAGUGAUGAUUUUGGUCAUGUUUUUCAGUCAAAUUUGAGAAAUGUGAGUCGUGGAGAUAUCUGUGCUAAUACUAAAUGUAAGCUACUUCAUUGAUCUGCUGAUGAAUUAGUUGUUGCAGAAGGCCGAAUUGCAUCCACAGAUCCAAACACAAAAGUGCAUCACGUUAUUCU